AUGGGCGCGUUGGACGGUUUAGAAGUCAAACGCGGAACACACACCCCGAGGUACUGCAAAACCUGUGAACACUACAAGCCUCCGAGAGCGCACCACUGUAGAUCCUGCAAGACAUGCUGGGUGAACCACUGCCCUUGGGUUGGUAAUUGCGUCGGCUUCUUUAACCAAGGCCAUUUCAUUCGCUUUCUCCUUUGGGUAGACAUCGCCACUACUUUCCAUCUUCUGAUGAUGUUACGGCGCGUCAUGGCAGUUGCUCAUUAUUACAUCGAACCGAGCCUUUCGGAUGUCCUUUUCUUGGUCUUCAACUUUGCUGCCUGUAUACCCGUUUGGCUCUGUGUUGGCAUGUUUUCGAUCUACCACCUCUACCUCGCUUCCGGGAAUAGCACCACAAUAGAGGGCUGGGAGAAGGACAAGGUGGCAACUCUGAUCAGGCGCGGAAAGAUCAAGGAGGUCAAAUAUCCUUAUAAUAUCGGAAUGUACAAGAACCUAAAGUCUGUGCUUGGUCCCCAGCCUCUCCUCUGGCUCUGGCCUCAAAAGAUGCGAGGGGACGGGCUCUCGUUCCCUGUCAACCCUGAAGCAGGAGGUGAGUCUGCUUCCGAUGACUGGGCUGGAAUAGUGGCGCCCAACAGGGAUCUGGAUGGUCCCCGGGUGGGAGGCGGAACUUCUUCGAGUAUUGCUGGAGGAAGUGGGAGCGGAAGUAAUGUUGGCCUUGGUACGGGGGAAGAGCACCAUGACUGCCAGUAUUUCUGGCCUCCUCAGGAUCCUUCCCGUUACCCCAACCCUCCUCCUCGUCCUUCUACUGCAUCAUCGCCUUUCACAUAUGGGGAUGGCUUCAAUCCCAACCUUCGUCCCUCCAAUGCUUUGCGGUCACGCGCAGCCAGGGAUCAUGAGCACUCUCUAGAUCCCAACGGUCCCAAUCAUACCUUCGAAGAAGGAGAAGGAGAAGAAGCCUACUCGUCCGGCGAGGAUCGCGACAACGACUCUAUCCGCACCUCCUCUUCCCCCGAACCAUACCUAUCCGAUUAUGACGAGUACAACGAAGGUCCUCUGGCGCCAGGUGAGCGUAUGACGAGGGUGAGGAGGGGAAGUGAAGGGUGGGAAGUGAUGCCUGUGAGAGGUGGAUGGUAUGCAGGGGGAGGACCCGGUGCAGGUUAUGAAGAAGAACAUCAAGGAAGGUGGCAGGAACAGGAGCAAAGGGUGUGGGAUGAUCAAGCGGGGGAGGACGGGGAGAGUUGGGAGGGGGUGAGGGGAAGCCAGAGGCCAUGGGAGGACAGGGGACGGUAUAACAUUUACUACCCGGAAGAAUAG